AGGCACUUGACAUGUGGAGCCAGCAUUUUUCGUGGGGUUCAUCUGCCCUCGGCUGGCCCUGCCUUUCCUUGGUGGUGACAGAUGGCAGGAAGCCCCUGCCCCAUUGGUUGUCUCCCUACUCCCUGCCUCAUCCUGGGUGUCCAAGGCCUAGUGUCCGCUGGUUCUGAUGGGAUUUGAACUCCACUCCCUCCUGGGAGGCUGCCUCCUCUUCCUUCUCUAUCCCCUGGGAAAAGGCUGACCCAGCCCUUGGGCCCAGGACACAGAGGCUCCUCUAACCUGGCCCUACCCUUGGGUGGGGUAUUUACUACUGGGUUGGCCCAAAUCGUGUGUCUUUCUAGGGGUGGUGACCUCGCAGGAGUGAUGCGUCACUCACUUCCUCCAGGCAGAUGGAGAUGAUCCUUGAUAGGUCUGGUGGCUGGCUCGGGGUCUACUGAAGGCUGUCUUGAUCAGGAAACUGAAGACUCUCUGCUUUUGCCACAGCAGUUCCUGCAGCUUCCUUGAGAUGAGGAAACUGAGGCUCAGAGAGGUCACAUGGCUUGCUCGAGGCCCCCCAGCCAGUGUGAACCCACAUCCCUGCCCCCAGGGCCACCUGCAGGACGCCGACACCUACCCCUCAGCAGACGCCGGAGAGAAAUGAGUAGCAACAAAGAGCAGCGGUCAGCAGUGUUCGUGAUCCUCUUUGCCCUCAUCACCAUCCUCAUCCUCUACAGCUCCAACAGUGCCAAUGAGGUCUUCCAUUACGGCUCCCUGCGGGGCCGUAGCCGCCGACCUGUCAACCUCAAGAAGUGGAGCAUCACUGACGGCUAUGUCCCCAUUCUCGGCAACAAGACACUGCCCUCUCGGUGCCACCAGUGUGUGAUUGUCAGCAGCUCCAGCCACCUGCUGGGCACCAAGCUGGGCCCUGAGAUCGAGCGGGCUGAGUGUACAAUCCGCAUGAAUGAUGCACCCACCACUGGCUACUCAGCUGAUGUGGGCAACAAGACCACCUACCGCGUCGUGGCCCAUUCCAGUGUGUUCCGCGUGCUGAGGAGGCCCCAGGAGUUUGUCAACCGGACCCCUGAAACCGUGUUCAUCUUCUGGGGGCCCCCGAGCAAGAUGCAGAAGCCCCAGGGCAGCCUCGUGCGUGUGAUCCAGCGAGCGGGUCUGGCGUUCCCCAACAUGGAAGCAUAUGCCGUCUCUCCCGGCCGCAUGCGGCAAUUUGACGACCUCUUCCGGGGUGAGACGGGCAAGGACAGGGAGAAGUCUCAUUCGUGGUUGAGCACAGGCUGGUUUACCAUGGUGAUCGCGGUGGAGUUGUGUGACCACGUGCAUGUCUAUGGCAUGGUCCCCCCCAACUACUGCAGCCAGCGGCCCCGCCUCCAGCGCAUGCCCUACCACUACUACGAGCCCAAGGGGCCGGACGAAUGUGUCACCUACAUCCAGAAUGAGCACAGUCGCAAGGGCAACCACCACCGCUUCAUCACUGAGAAAAAGGUCUUCUCAUCGUGGGCCCAGCUGUAUGGCAUCACCUUCUCCCACCCCUCCUGGACCUAGGCCACCCAGCCUGUGGGACCUCAGGAGGGUCAGAGGAGAAGCAGCCUCCGCCCAGCCGCUAGGCCAGGGACCAUCUUCUGGCCAAUCAAGGCUCGCUGGAGUGUCUCCCAGCCAAUCAGGGCCUUGAGGAGGAUGUAUCCUCCAGCCAAUCAGGGCCUGGGGAAUCUGUUGGCGAAUCAGGGAUUUGGGAGUCUAUGUGGUUAAUCAGGGGUGUCUUUCUUGUGCAGUCAGGGUCUGCGCACAGUCAAUCAGGGUAGAGGGGGUAUUUCUGAGUCAAUCUGAGGCUAAGGACAUGUCCUUUCCCAUGAGGCCUUGGUUCAGAGCCCCAGGAAUGGACCCCCCAAUCACUCCCCACUCUGCUGGGAUAAUGGGGUCCUGUCCCAAGGAGCUGGGAACUUGGUGUUGCCCCCUCAAUUUCCAGCACCAGAAAGAGAGAUUGUGUGGGGGUAGAAGCUGUCUGGAGGCCCGGCCAGAGAAUUUGUGGGGUUGUGGAGGUUGUGGGGGCGGUGGGGAGGUCCCAGAGGUGGGAGGCUGGCAUCCAGGUCUUGGCUCUGCCCUGAGACCUUGGACAAACCCUUCCCCCUCUCUGGGCACCCUUCUGCCCACACCAGUUUCCAGUGCGGAGUCUGAGACCCUUUCCACCUCCCCUACAAGUGCCCUCGGGUCUGUCCUCCCCGUCUGGACCCUCCCAGCCACUAUCCCUUGCUGGAAGGCUCAGCUCUUUGGGGGGUCUGGGGUGACCUCCCCACCUCCUGGAAAACUUUAGGGUAUUUUUGCGCAAACUCCUUCAGGGUUGGGGGACUCUGAAGGAAACGGGACAAAACCUUAAGCUGUUUUCUUAGCCCCUCAGCCAGCUGCCAUUAGCUUGGCUCUUAAAGGGCCAGGCCUCCUUUUCUGCCCUCUAGCAGGGAGGUUUCCCAACUGUUGGAGGCGCCUUUGGGGCUGCCCCUUUGUCUGGAGUCACUGGGGGCUUCCGAGGGUCUCCCUCGACCCUCUGUCGUCCUGGGAUGGCUGCCGGGAGCUGUAUCACCUGGGUUCUGUCCCCUGGCUCUGUAUCAGGCACUUUAUUAAAGCUGGGCCUCAGUGGGGUGUGUUUGUCUCCUGCUCUUCUGGAGCCUGGAAGGGAAGGGCUUCAGGAGGAGGCUGUGAGGCCGGAGGGACCAGAUGGAGGAGGCCAGCAGCUAGCCAUUGCACACUGGGGUGAUGGGUGGGGGCGGUGACUGCCCCAGACUUGGUUUUGUAAUGAUUUGUACAGGAAUAAACACACCUACGCUCCGG